AGAGGGUGUCAACUUGAACAAAUUAUGUUGUAAACGUGUUUAUUUAUCUCUUAUCAAUUUGGCUAAGUAAACGAACAAGUUUGAAGCGAUGGUUUUCCCGUGUACGCGAACGUGAAAAUCCGCAUUGCUUUGGGAGCUAUAACCUAGACCUGUGAUACACACGUGAAAGCCUUAAGAGCGGCACAAAAUUCGAAAUGUGCGACAUACCUUCGUAUAAAUUUAAACCUGAACUCCACAAGAAGUAUUUAUCGAGGUUUCUGAACCACAGACUCCCCUCGUUUUUCGCUAGCAUGGACACGAAUAGAUCCGUGAUUAUAUAUUUCUGCUUGGCAGGCUUGGACGUGCUUGGCAAUAUCGAUAAGUUGUCUCGAAAGAAACAAAACGAGAUAAUUGAGUGCAUCUACAGUCUGCAAGUGGUCAAUGAAAAUGAAUUGGUCAGCGGUUUUCAAGGUUCUUCUUUCUUAAACACCAAAGAUAACAGGAGCCAACCUUCACCCUACAAAUGGUGUCACAUUGCAAAUACGUAUUCCUGUCUUCUAUCCUUACUGAUUUUAGGAGAUGACCUCAGCAGAGUUAAUAAGGAGGAAAUAAUAAAAAGUUUGAGGGUACUUCAACUUAGGAAUGGCUCAUUCAAAGGAGCAAUAGAGGGGGCCGAGAGCGACAUGCGAUUCGUAUACUGCGCGGCGUGUAUUUCUUACAUAUUGAAUGAUUGGAGAGGCAUAGAUAUAGAGAAAAUGAUGCAAUUCAUUUUGAAUAGCAUCUCUUACGACGGAGGCAUUGGGCAAGGCCCUGAACUUGAAAGUCACUGCGGUUCAACAUUCUGCGCAGUUGCAUCACUAGCUUUGAGUAACAAUUUACACAGACUGUCGAAGCGCCAAUUUCACAAUUUGAGAAGGUGGUUGCUAAUGAGACUGGAAACAGGGUUUAAUGGUAGACCAAAUAAACCGACGGACACCUGCUAUUCAUUCUGGACCGGUGGGGCAUUGAAAAUCCUAAAUGCCUAUCAGUUUAUCGAGGCAGAUGAUAAUCCCCAGUUUAUUUUGAUGACCCAAGACAAAUACGGAGGAUUUGCGAAAUGGAUGAAUGCCGUGCCAGAUCCAAUGCACACUUAUUUUGGGUUGGCUGGGCUCAGUUUGAUGAAGUUCGACAAUUUGAGGGAGAUGUUUUGCCCUCUUAAUUGCACGAGAAAGGUACAUGACCAUUUGAAGACCCUCCAUGCCGGAUGGAGUUAAAUAAUUGUGAUUCAUUUUCAAAAUGUAUACAUUUUUAUUUAAGUGUUUUUGUAAUUUUGUGAGAAAUAUAAUUGAAA